UAGAGUGCAAACGUUAAAGGCAAACCUAGAGCCCUUACAAUGGAGCCAGCAAGAAAGAGGAGAACUUCUCCUGUCUGGGAGCAUUUUGAAUUGAUUGCUCAUAACAAGGUUUGUAUACAUUUAUAUAAUUUAUUAUCAUAACAUCACAUAAUCCUCACCAUAUCGCUGUAUAAUCACAAUGUGUAUUAUCUGCAUGUUGAAGGUGAAAUGUUUGCUGUGCCAUAAAGAGCUGACUUACAGCAACAACACCUCUUCAAUGCUUAGGCAUUAUCGUGCAAUGCAUGAGGAUGCACAACCUGCUGCAAACAGACCAGCCACUAGUCAAAGUAAUAUUUAAUCUUAAUUUUUUUAUUAUGUAAAUAAUGUGUUAGGCUCCUACAAUACACCAGCAUUGUACUGUGUUAUAGAUUACAGAAAGAAAAUGGUGGAUGAGGCUUUGGUCAACAUGGUCAUCAAAGACUCCCAACCCUUUUCUGUUGUGGAUGACGUGGGGUUUAGGGAGCUUGUGCAUGUGCUGGAUCCAUCCUAUGUUCUCCCAACAAGAAAGGUAUGUAUGUGAAUAGACUAAAGUAGUUUAUUGUUAUAAAGUCAGAAUGAAUAGUAACAAUUAAUAUUUUCAUUCUCAGGCUUUGAAGUCCAUGGUUGACACCCGGUAUGAGGAGGCUAAGGAGAAGGCCAAAGAAAAAUUGGACAAUGUUGUUGCUGUUAGCCUUACGUCCGACAUGUGGACGUCCAUCAACAUGGAGGCUUACCUGGCUGUGACUUGUCAUUUUAUUGAUGCCAAUGACCAGCUUGGGACAAUCUUGCUUGGGGUGCAACAUUUCCCAAACACCCAUACGGCAGACAACUUGGCUAUUGCCCAUACCAUGGCCAUGGAGGAGUGGGGCAUAAAGGAUAAGGUGAGGUGCCUUGUCACGGAUGCUGCUGCCAAUAUGAUUGCCUGUGUGAGGGCAUUGAAUAUUAGGCAUGCGAUAUGCAUUGCACAUGCAUUGAAUUUAAUUGUCAAGAAGUCUUUCGAUGAUGUGCCAGGCUUAAAUGAGCUUCGCACCAAAUGUAGGAAGCUUGUAACCUACUUCAGGACCAGCACAACAGGAAAAGAAAGACUGGCCCAAGUGCAGGUGCAGAUGGGGAGGCCUGCUCUGAAAAUGAUUAUUGAGGUGGACACUAGAUGGAACAGCACUUACAGCAUGCUGGAAAGGCUCUAUGACCUGAGAGAGCCAGUGGGGGCAGCUCUAGCCUCUUUGAGGACAGAUGUAAGCCCUCCUACUUCAUUGGAGUAUGAAACAAUGAAGGAUGCUCUCGACCUACUGGCCCCAUUCCACCAGGCCACAGUAGAGCUUUCUGCAGAAAAAAGAGUGUCUGCUUCAAAGGUUAUUCCCCUAAUGAAGAUGCUGAACCACACAAUAGUAAGAAAAUCCGAGGGCUUAACAUCAAAUAUGGCAAGGCAGCUGGCUGACAACCUUGUCCGUCGCGUCAGAGAGCAUGCGUUACAAAUGGAAUCCAUUAGUGUGAUGACGAUGCCUACAUUGCUGGACCCUAGGUUCAAAAAACUAGGGUUCCUAAGUCCAGGGAAGCUCCAAGAAGCCAUUACAAGACUAAAGUCAGAAUGUGCCAAUGUUAUCAGAAAUUCUGAAACAACACCCCCAGCUCAAGUACCUGCCUCACAAGCUGGGCCAUCUACAACCUGUGGUGACCUUUGGCAUCUACUGGACAGCACAGUGGAUAACAGCAGACGGAGCUCCAGUGUGACCGCAGAUGCUACUAUUGAGGUGGACCGUUAUUUGUCAGAGACAAAUCUGGCAAGGACUGAGGAUCCGCUGGGUUAUUGGAACAAACAGAAGCUCCAACAUCCCAAUUUAUAUAAGCUGGCACUUACGUUCUUAUGUUGUCCGGCAUCAUCGGUGCCCUGUGAAAGGGUGUUUUCUAAGGCUGGAGAGGUGGUUUCCAAAAAGAGAAACCGCCUCAAUCCAAAUACUGACAGCACAUCAGAACAGAGCAGCCGAACAAGAGAUGUUGCUUGCCAGACAGACGCAAAACCGCUGACCAAGUCUGUUGGCACUCGGUUCUCAAUGAAGACGUUUCAUGUUCGCUACAGGAGUUCAGGUGACCAGACGACAGAUACAUUUUCGGACAUUGACAGUUUGUCACCAGCAGCUGGUAUAAUAUGUAGGUCCUCUACACCUAUAAAGGGUCCAUCAAAGAGACCUUGUGUGGAACUGGAGGAAGAGGAUGAUGAUGAAGAAACCCUAAUGGACACAUCAUCUGUAGUAGCACCUGAAGAGCAAGAUUAUACAUUUGAUUCAGCAGAGACGGACACAACUUUAACGGAGACAGCAGACAUGUCUGCUCAAGCAUCUUGUCCCAUUCAUAAAACCAGAAAAUACAUAAUAUACGAAAAUUGCAUUAUGGAGCUGUUUGAGGUGUGCCCGGUUUGCAAGCGGAGCUGUUCUGUGCGUUCUCAAAGAAUCGGAACUUUUAUACGAGUUGAACAACUCUGCAAAAACUGUAAAUAUUCACGCAAAUGGAACAGCCAGCCGGUUCUAGGCGGCACUCCAGCUGGGAACCUCCAUAUUUCUGCUGCAGUAUAUCUCUGUGGGGCUUCAUUCUACAAAUUCGAAAAGAUAUGCUCUACUAUGAAUCUGCAGCUUUUCAAGUAUGACACCUUUCGGCGCCAUUCCCGAUUGUACGUUGAGCCAGCUAUAGUGCACAAGUGGACGCAUUGGCGAAAUGAGACGCUAGAUCGCCUGAGUAAAAGGGAAAGGGUCAUCGUUGGAGGUGACAUGAGGGCUGACUCACCAGGCCACUCUGCAAAGUUUGGAAGCUAUACCUUGAUGGACCUUCAGACCAACACCGUUGUGGACAUACAGUUGGUUCAGAGUAACGAAGUGGGAGGAAGCUACCAUAUGGAAAAAGAGGGAUUACAGAGGAGCCUUGCCCUGUUGGAAGCUCGUGGUGUUACUCUGGAGUGUAUUGUAACUGACCGCCACCCACAAAUACAAAAGUUCCUCAGAGAACGUAACAUCAACCAAUUUUAUGAUGUGUGGCACAUCGAAAAAGGGAUUACGAGGAAACUUGAAAACAUUUCCAAGAUGAAAGACUGUGAAAAAUUACGGAAAUGGCAGAGAAGCAUUAAAAACCACAUUUACUGGACUGCAUCAUCUUCAACCACUGGACCAGAAAGAGUGGCAAAAUGGAAAUCGAUUCUGAACCAUGUCAGGAACGUACACACACAUGAGGAUCCAAACUUUCCUGCUUGUCUACAUCCUCUGAAGAGAAGCAGAGACAGAAAGAAGUGGCUUGUUGCCGGAACUCAGGCAUUCUACAAGCUGCAGAAAGUGAUGACAAACGCACGGAUUUUGAAGGACGUCACCAAACUAAGUCCGCAUCACCAGACUUCAUCUUUUGAGUCAUUUCAUAGCGUCAUUCAACGGUUUGCCCCAAAAAAUGUGGCGUUCCCGUUUCUUGGAAUGUUGUGCAGACUAUACCUGGCUGCAUUUCAUUACAAUGAAAAUUCUGGUUGUGCACAAGCAACAUCAUCAACAGGACAUCCACUAUUCAAAGUGAACCUUCCAAAGCCCAGGAAAGGACAAUGCACGAUCAAACAAGUGAAGACACCACCAACAUUCAAGUACCUAGAUGACCUGCAGGACCUAAUAUUUGACCAUGUUUUUGUGGACCCUGCUCCAUCCAUGGAUGAGGUACUAAAGAUACCCAUACCACCAGACCUUUGUGCGGAGUAUGAGCGGCCAGACAAGGAGGAGGUCAUCUCCACCAUGGUGUCCAGAUUCAAUCAUCAGCUGGUGGGAAACCUACAUAUCUGCCCUAAACAUCUGGAAACUCACGGUGACCCCUCUUCACCACACAGGCUGGAAGCACGACACGUACCCGACGUCCAAGGAAACCCCAGCACCAGCUCACAAAGGAGCGAUAUGCCAGAAACCUGUAACGACUAAAACACAGGCCAAUGUACAGGUGAAACUAGUAA